GCCCAAGUCUUCCUACUACUCCUGCCGCGGGGCCGGAGGCCUUGACGGUGUCCAGCUGUGCUUAACUCUGGCCGGUGCCACCUGCCUCCGCAAUGCCCCCCAAGAAACAGGCUCAGGCCGGGGGCAGCAAAAAAGCGGAGCAGAAGAAGAAAGAAAAGAUCAUCGAAGACAAAACUUUUGGUCUAAAGAAUAAGAAAGGAGCAAAGCAACAGAAGUUUAUCAAGGCUGUUACUCAUCAAGUUAAAUUUGGUCAACAAAAUCCACGUCAGACCAUGGAUAAUUGGGAUGAGAAAAAACUGGAAGAAGUAGUGAACAAGAAGCACGGUGAGGCGGAAAAGAAAAAACCCAAAACUCAAAUAGUGUGCAAGCAUUUCCUUGAAGCUAUUGAAAACAACAAGUAUGGCUGGUUUUGGGUAUGCCCUGGAGGGGGUGAUAUGUGUAUUUCUGCCCUAGGUCCAAAUGUUACCAAAAUCACCCUAGAAUCUUUUCUUGCAUGGAAAAAAAGGAAAAGACAAGAAAAGAUUGAUAAACUUGAGCAAGAUAUGGAACGAAGAAAAGCAGACUUCAAAGCAGGGAAAGCGCUAGUGAUCAGUGGUCGUGAGGUGUUUGAAUUUCGUCCUGAACUUGUUGAUGAUGAUGAUGAAGAAGCAGAUGACACCCGUUACACCCAGGGUAUAGGUGGUGAUGAGGUUGAUGAUUCUGUGAAUGUAAAUGACAUAGAUUUAAGCUUGUACAUUCCAAGAGAUGUAGAUGAAACAGGUAUUACCGUAGCAAGUCUUGAAAGAUUCAGCACAUAUACUUCAGAAAAGGAUGAAAACAAAUUAAGUGAAGCUUCUGGAGGCAGAGCAGAAAAUGGGGAAAGAAGUGACUUGGACGAGGAUAACGAAGGAGAGACACAGGAAAAUGGAGCUAUUGAUGCUGUUCCUGUGGAUGAAAAUCUUUUCACUGGGGAAGAUUUAGAUGAACUAGAAGAAGAAUUAAACACACUUGAUUUAGAUGAAUGACACCAAACAAGUUCAUGAACAAAUGAAAUCUUCUCAGCAUGAGUUCAAAUUGACUACAUUAAUUUUUCCACCUAGAAUUCUUCAACAGAAUGUUUAUUUACCAUACUGGUUGUGGAGGGCUAACCCUCUCCAAAAACAGGAAUGUUCUCCUUACGUCUUCUCUCCUGACUUUGACUACAACUCAUAGUAAGUUCAGAGUAGUUUGUGAUAAAUUGAAAUGUAAUGGUCAAUCCAGAAAAUGAUUGAUGGUUAUAACUGUCCACCCAAGUAGGAAGAGUAACUGCUUUUCCAACUUUUGUUUUUCAUUGGGCAUGCGUUACCAGGAACAAGAGAAAUCUAAAUAUAAAACAUCUUUCCUUUA